AUGUCUGCUCCCUCGCCGGCUUUGUCCGCAGCAUCUUAUAACUCAGUCACCGACUUGAAAGGUAUCCGUUCCCCUGGUUGGGUGGUGCAAAAGUUUGGUGGAACCUCAGUCGGAAAGUUCCCUGAAAAUAUUGUGGAUAAGAUUGUUAAAGUGUUUUCAAAGGAAAACAGAGUCGCUGUUGUUUGUUCAGCUCGUUCAUCAUAUACUAAAAAUGAAGGUACUACUCUGAGACUUUUGAAUGCAGCUGAUUUGGCAGGUGAAGGCUCCGAUUUCCAUAACGUAAUCAAGUUGAUUAGAGAUGAUCAUGUCUCUAAUGCUGAAGAACGUAUUACAGAUUCUCAGAUCAAGACCCAAUUACUUGCUGAUACCAAUGCUGAACUUAACAAGGCAGAGCAAUUGUUGGAUGCAUGUCAAAUCAUUGGUGAAAUCAGUUCCAGAUCAUUGGAUUCAGUAAUGUCCAUUGGUGAAAAAUUAUCAUGUUUGUUCAUGGCUGCUUUGAUGAACGAUCGGGGUUUAAAUGCUCAAUACAUUGAUUUGUCUCAUAUCAUUCCCUUAGAUCAUCAUUUUGGUGAUAAGGGACUUGAUGAGUCCUUUUAUAAGUUCCUUUCAACAGAAUUAGGUAAGAAGGUUCUUUCCUUGGAUGAUGAUGUUGUGCCUGUUUUCACUGGUUAUUUUGGUACAGUCCCAGGUGGCUUGCUUAAUGGCGUAGGUAGAGGAUACACUGAUUUGUGUGCUGCGUUGGUGGCUGUGGGAUCCCAAGCAGAAGAGUUGCAAGUAUGGAAGGAAGUUGAUGGUAUUUUUACUGCCGAUCCACGUAAAGUUCCAAAUGCCAGAUUAUUAGAAAGUGUUACUCCAGAAGAAGCAGCUGAAUUAACUUAUUACGGAAGUGAAGUUAUUCAUCCUUUCACUAUGGAACAAGUUAUAAAAGCACGUAUCCCAAUUAGAAUCAAAAACGUUGAUAACCCUACUGGUAAGGGUACCAUCAUCUAUCCUGAUAAUAUUGGUCGUCGUGGUGAAGCUACUCCUCCACAUCCUCCUACAGCCUUAGAAACUAUUCCAUUGAAAUACUUGACCUCACGAAAGAAGAGAUCAGCCACUGCUAUCACAGCAAAGCAAGACAUUGUUGUUGUUAACGUCCACUCUAAUAAGAAAACAUUGAGUCAUGGCUUUUUGGCCAACCUUUUCAUCACUUUAGAUAGAUACAAAUUGGUUGUUGAUUUGAUCCUGACUUCUGAAGUUCACGUCUCCAUGGCAUUACAGAUUGGAUCUGAACAAGAACAUAAUUUGAAGGCUGCAAUACUUGAGUUGAAGAAAAUGGGUUUGGUUGACAUCACAAGAAAUAUGGCAAUUGUUUCUCUUGUUGGGAAACAAAUGGUGAACUUCAUUGGUAUUGCUGGAAAUAUGUUUAAGGUGUUGGCAGAUCAAAAGAUAAAUAUAGAGAUGAUUUCACAAGGUGCUAACGAAAUCAAUAUCAGUGCAGUCAUUGAUGCUAAGGACACUAUAAGAGCUUUACAAUCCAUUCAUGCCAAGUUGUUGGAAAUUCCUUAUGAUCAAGAAGAAGUAGUUGAUUCAAGAUUAGAGGCACUUAAAUUGGCCUAA